AUGAUUACUCGCCCGGUGACUGCGGCGCUGGGGUGCUGCGGCUGUCGAAAUGCCAUCCUGAGGGCUGUUUCGUCUAGGCCACUGCCGGCCAUUGGACAAUCGGCGGCACGUGGGAUGAGACCAGUGCCCGGCGCAAUACUGCGAACUUUUCCGCCGAGCCAGCAGUUUGGCACCGCUGCGCAAAAAGGAAAAGACGCACAAGCGAGGCCAGAUGUCGAGCAACAGAUAAUCGAGGAGGAAAUCGAAGACGACGCUUUCGAUGAUGACGACCCUGAAAAUCCGUGGUUUCUGGACAUUGAUCCGCCCAAACAUGCUCCGCUCCAGCACAUUGCAUCGCUGCCAAAAGUGCCCGAAGGCGCUCCUCACCUUCUCGAGCCGAUGAUCAAAUACAUAUACGAAGAUAUGGGAUUGGAUGACUUGACAAUGCUGGAUCUCCGCGAUCUCGAUCCACCUGCUGCGCUUGGCCCUAACCUCAUCAUGAUUUUUGGGACUGCGCGAAGUGAAAGACAUCUGCACGUUUCUGCAGGCCGUUUUGUACGAUGGCUUCGACGGAACCACCAAGUGGGCGCUCGAGCAGACGGCUUGAUUGGACCAGGAGAACUGAAGACGAAGCUCCGUCGACUGAGAAAAAAGGCAAAGAUGCUCGGCACCAACACUACAAUCUUGCCUGGCGCCGACAAUGGCAUCUCAACGGGAUGGGUAUGUGUCAAUUUUGCGGCGCAUGACCACGGAGUACAAGAGUCUUCAAAUUUUGACGAAAGUGGACGGUUUUCAGGGUUUGGCGCUCCGUUGACGGGAACAACCGUUGUCGUUCAAUGUAUGACGGAGUCGAGGCGGAACGAACUUGACUUGGAAACGCUGUGGAGGGGCAUAUUGAAGCGGAAUCUCGAGGAAAUGCAGAGAGUGAAAGGAAAGACGUCAUCAGACCCCUCAGAAAUUGAGGCUUUGGUUUCUUCAAGGAUCCAAUUGCCCGACAACCCUGCCGCCCACCAGUGGCAGAAGCUGAAAUUAGCUUCUCAGCAACAACGGCAGUUUUCAACCAUGGCGCGACGCCUUCAAGCUCGUACUCAGCGUAGUGAGUCUCAGGCGACUGCAAUUGAUUCUGAAACUCUAGUAACAGAAGAUCAGCCGGACACCCCUUCCUUUGAUCUGAAUACGCUGCGACGGCACAUACACGACUUCCAGGUUGCUGGAACUCCUGUAAGCCGAGAAACUAUUCAAAGUCUCAUCUCCGCAGUAUUUCAUGCCCCGGCGGCUGGGGGAGAAACAGCGCCAGAGCGGCUAGCUCUUGUAGAUCAGCUCAAUCUGGUAGCUGAAGAGCGUGGAAUUUCCGUCCUCUCUCAAGAGUGGUUGAUUACGCUCAUUGAGAGCAUCGUCACUUCUCCGUCAUACGGUGAAGAACUACAACGCGCGCUCACAAAUAUCGAAUAUCUUCUAUCCAACAGAAAAGGAAAUAUCUUGAGUAAUGAGCAAGUUUUGCGGCUCAUGACGGCGUAUGCGCAUCAACUCGACUGGGACAGAUUCUGGAACGCUUUCCGCAUACCAUCUCGAUUCCAAACACCUCGAUCGCCCGAACUCUAUGAGUUUGCUUAUCGUGUCUUGGCGUCCACUGGCGAUAGAAAGCUAUGCACCGAUGCUCUGCGCUGGGUGUAUCCUGAGAUGCUCAAAGAAGAACCGAAAAUCUGGCCGGUUGGGUCACUUUACAUGUCAUUGAAAGCAUGCAUACUAGUCGCGGACCCGGGCGCCGAGAGUUUGCUGUAUCAUCCUCCACCGCAAGACUCACUGGAUGUUUUGGGCCAACGGCAGUUGAUGCAUCGAGAAUUUCUGCGUGUCUUGAGAGAAGUUGAAAAUCUGCGACACCAUCACGCUGGAGAGCAGGCCCGAGCGCAUAGAGCGGAGGCACUACGCAAAAUGUCUGGAGGGGUGCCAUCUAACGACCAUUAG